AUGCCACCAGCAGACCUUAACAGGUCAAAAAUCGACUUCCAAAAGUACUACUUCUACGGCACAAUUCUCAAUGUCCCUCCCAUCCUGCUCAUGUACCCCAUGAGGACCGUCCGUCUCCUCCAGCAACGCAAGUCCUCCGUUCCGGUCUCGUCCUCCAUCUUUAAAGUCAUCAGGGACGUCCAACAAAAAAACGGAACUCGAGCCCUCUUUGCCGGUGCCACCGUUUUCAGUCUCGGUCUCACUACGACAAAGAUCCUUCAGUUUGCGACGUACGACUUUUUGUCACAGAAGACCAAGGAGAACGACUACUUUGAGAUUGAGGUUCUGAAGAGCCCCAGUGUCCUGAGUGGAGUCCUUGGCACUUUCUCCGCCGUGAUCACUACUUUCUUUGUAGUACCUUUUGACAUGGUCUCCCAACAGAUCACAAUUGCCAAGGCUGGAGCCGACGGCAGCUUAGCCAGCGCAGCAGCACUACCAACAACAGCCGCAUCGGUGGCACCACCAUUAACACCCACAACACCCUCACCCUCUUCAACAGCAGUCAAAUCAAAACUCCCCAUCUACGUCGCAGGGUCCUUUGAACCUCUCCAACCACCACAACCCAUGCCCAUCUCUGAAUCACUCAAGCUACAGUUCAAACAGGAAGGGUUCCGGUUUUUAUUCCGGGGAUAUUGUGCAACACUGAUGUCGACAAUCCCCUUCUUUGCGGCCUACUUCCCUGCAUAUGAAUACUCCAGGGUCUGGGUCAAGGACGGGAUCAACUAUAUGCGGACCAUGGAUUUCAAUAAGGACAAGGAGACGCCCUUCCCUCCACCAGAGCUCCAUCAAUUGAUCAUCUCAGCCCUCGCAGGAUGUUGCGCCUCACUUGCAGGAGUCAUGAUCUCGUCCCCGAGCGACAUGGUCAAAACCCGUAUCCAAACCGAGCAGCGACUUCAGCCCACCAAUGGCACCGGCGUCAAGUUACCCCUGCCGUCACUUAAAUGGAUAGACGUCUUUAUGGAGAUCUGGAAGAAGGAAGGGUUCAUGAAGUUCUUCUCGGGCACUAAGCCCAGAGCCAUCUUGGCGGUUCCUGGAGGCGCUCUUAACUUUGUGAUCUUUGACUUUGUCCGAUCGGUCAGCAUCAUCCAUGAUUCCGACGACAUGAGGUCGCUCUCUCUCCCUCUCCCCUCUACCGCCAGCAACGAAGCCCUUUACUAA